AUGAACGUGCACAAGGAGUGCGUGGGUGAGACGUAUGUUAGCGCAUCCGCGAGAGCCGCGACGGCGGUCUUCCCUGAGAAGUUCGGGAUAGUUAUUUCGGCUUCUCCCGAGGCCGUCGUCGCCCAGAGUGAACCGAUGUCGUUCCAUCUUGCUGAUUCGGAGCUCUGCUAUGAAAGACUAAAAACAUCAUUUUUUUAUACUCGUUCGGAUGAUGUUAUAAUCAAAACGGUGGUAUCGCCACCACCGCCGGUGACGACGACGAUUUCUGCCUUUGGUUAGUAUACACUUUACGUAGCAUUUAAUAAUGUUACAAAACUAUAGGCACAACAUCAUUCGCAUGUACCUUUAGACUUUUUCUCAUUCAACGUGAAAUUCGUUUCGAUUUCAGAAAUAUUCAAACUGGCAUUAAACUCUAAAAUUCGUGUCAAUGAAGAACCUAAAAGAGAUAAUAAAAAAUGCACAAAAGAUGGUAAAUAUAAUCACUUUUAUUAACACGGAUUUUUUAAACUCUUACUCAUAUGGCAAUUUUUUGCGGACAGACUACAUGGAAUUGUUCCGAACAUGGCACAUAAGUCAAAAGAGACCAAGUUCAAACCGUUCAAAGCGGUUUGUAUUUUCGAAAACAUUUUGUAGAAGUACAUAGGUAUUUUUAUAAUUUUAUAAUAAUAAAUAAUUUAUUAUUGUUUUAUAUAUUUUUGUCGAAUUUUCCCUAAAAAAUAUUGUAUUGUACCUACCUAUUCUUAUAAUGAAUCUAUUAUAUACCUAGUAUAUAAAUGCAUUUAUGUGUAGAUGUAUCAUGUUCAAGGUAAAUUUCUUCUUAAGUGAUUAAUAAUUUAGGAAGAUAGAAGACCAAACAUUAUUGGCUGAUAACAAUUCCGAUACAGACUUAAUUCUUGGAGGACAACAGAGGCAAAAAAGUGUUGGAUAUUUAAUUAGAAACAAGAAACAAUAA